GGUGUUUUUGUCGGUUAUGCUCCAUCCGCAUCCGUCCACACGCACACAGGCUCAGGCUCCUGUCCUCCUGCACACCGCUCGCAGGUCACACAGCCGACACAGCAGACACAGAAGACACAGAAGCAGCAGCAGCAGCAGCAGUAGCAGCAGCGCUAUACAACAGAGAUCUGCGUGCUGGCCGCCACCUCCUCACAGCUCAGCACUCGUUGCCUGGAAACCCUCUGGCCCUCAAGCACUGCCCCAUCGACCUGCGCACCUCCAUGGACGGCAAAUACAAGGAGAUCGCAGAGGAGCUGUUCUCUCGCAGCCUGGCUGACAAUGAGAUGCGUAGUGCCCCUUACGAGUUCCCCGAAGACAGCCCCAUCGAGCAGCUGGAGGAGAGGAGACAGCGCCUGGAGAGACAGAUCAGCCAGGACGUCAAGCACGAGCCAGAUAUCCUGCUGAGGGCCAAACAGGAGUUCAUGAAAACAGACAGCGCAUCAGACCUGGAGCUUCUGAAGGAGCAGAGCCAGGCUCCCAUGGAUGCUAGUAGCCCCACUGAGAGGGAGACCACCCCGGAGAAAGAGUACCAGAGGGUCUCCAUCUCUGGAGAGGAGAAAUGUGGGGUUCCCUUCACAGACCUGCUGGACGCUGCCAAGUGCGUGGUGAAGGCUCUGUUCAUCCGGGAGAAGUACAUCUCCCUGUCCAUGCAGAGCUUCUGCCGCACCACGGCCCACUACCUGCAGGAGCUGGCCGAGAGGCCCCUGGACCUCCAGGUGUUCGAGGAGGUCCCCGAAACAUCACUCUCGCCAGACCCCCCAGUGUCUGACACCCACCCCUAUGAGAACAUGGACCCCAGCGGCAUGCCCUCUGACAUGGGCUACGGCUGCAAGAUGGUCAACGGGGUCAUCCACGUAUACACCAAGAAGAACAAAAUGGACAUGAGUACAGAGCUGGACCUGCCCUAUCCAGACCUGCAGGAGUACAUUGCUGACAUGAAUGUUAUGAUGGCCCUCAUCAUCAAUGGACCAGUGAAGUCGUUCUGCUAUCGCCGGUUGCAGUACCUGAGUUCUAAAUUCCAGAUGCACAUCUUGCUGAACGAGAUGAAGGAACUGGCGGCCCAGAAGAAGGUUCCACACCGGGACUUCUACAACAUACGCAAGGUGGACACGCACAUCCACGCCUCGUCGUGCAUGAACCAGAAGCACCUGCUGCGCUUCAUCAAGCGGGCGAUGAAGAAGUACCCAGGGGAGAUCGUACACGUGGACAGAUGUGGCCGUGGACAGACCCUCAUGGAGGUCUUCGAGACAAUGAACCUCACCGCCUUCGACCUGAGUGUGGACACGCUGGACAUGCACGCCGACCGCAACACGUUUCAUCGUUUCGACAAGUUCAAUGCCAAAUACAAUCCCAUCGGAGAGUCCAUCCUCAGGGAGAUCUUCAUCAAAACUGACAACCACAUUGAAGGCAAAUAUUUUGGACAUAUCAUCAAGGAGGUGAUGGCAGACCUGGAGGAGAGCAAGUACCAGAACGUGGAGCUGCGGCUCUCCAUCUACGGCCGCUGCAGAGACGAGUGGGACAAGCUGGCCAAGUGGGCCGUCAAGCACGGCGUCUACUCCACCAACGUACGCUGGCUGGUUCAAGUGCCGCGACUAUUCGAUGUGUACCACACCAAGAGACAGCUGUCCAACUUUCAGCAGAUGCUGGAGAACAUCUUCGUGCCGCUCUUUGAGGCCACCAUCGACCCGGCCAGCCACCCCGAGUUGCACCUCUUCCUACAACAUGUGGUGGGCUUUGACAGCGUGGAUGACGAGUCCAAGCCUGAGCACCACAUCUUCAACCUGGACAGCCCCCUGCCUGCCAACUGGACGGAGGAGGACAACCCGCCCUACUCUUAUUACCUGUACUACAUGUACGCCAACAUGACCGUGCUCAACCACCUGCGCAGGAGGCGGAGCUUGAACACAUUUGUGCUACGCCCCCACUGUGGGGAGGCGGGGCCUAUCCAUCACCUGGUGUCGGGCUUCAUGCUGUCAGAGAACAUCUCACAUGGCCUGCUGCUCAGGAAGGCGCCUGUGCUUCAGUACCUGUACUACCUGGCCCAGAUCGGCAUUGCCAUGUCUCCCCUGAGCAACAACAGCCUGUUCCUCAGCUACCACCGCAACCCCCUGCCAGAGUACCUGUCCAGGGGCCUCAUGGUCUCCCUCUCCACCGACGACCCCCUGCAAUUCCACUUCACCAAGGAGCCCCUGAUGGAGGAGUACAGUAUUGCAGCCCAGGUGUGGAAGCUCAGCUCCUGCGACAUGUGUGAACUGGCCAGGAACAGCGUGCUCAUGAGCGGAUUCUCACACCAGGUUAAGAGCUACUGGCUGGGGCCUGACUACAUUCGCGAGGGCCAGGAGAGCAAUGACAUCCGCCGCACCAACGUGCCGGACAUCCGCGUGGCGUACCGCUACGAGACCAUGUGCGAGGAGCUCAACCUCAUCACGCAGGCCGUACAGACUGACGAGCUGGCCACCAUCCAGGAGGAGGGCGCCAUAUGCAUGGGGUCUACUGCAUCAGGGCGGCCAUAGAGAUGAAUACACACACACUCACACAAACACGUGUGCACGC